AUGCCUUUAGCAAGUUUUGUGCUGGACUAUGUUAUGGGCUAUUUAACUGUCACUCUUGAGCCUCUCCCUCCCGUUGUCAUUGGAGACACGGUAACGCUCAAGUGCAAUUUCAUGACAGAUGGCAACCUGCGAGAGAUUGUGUGGUUUCGGGUGACAGAGGGUGGCAGUGCCAAGCAGAAGAUCUUCACCUACGAUGCCAUGACCAACACCAACUUCUCCCAUAUGGAGGACUUCCGCAGACGAGAAGACUUGGUCUACCAAUCAACUGUCCGGCUCCCUGAGGUCCAGAUGGAUGAUGAUGGGCCGUAUGAGUGCCACGUGGGGAUCUACGACAAGGCCUCUAGAGACAGGGUGGUCUUAGCCUCUGGCAGCAUCGUGCUCACUGUCAUGGUUCCUCCUAAGUCCAUUUCUGUAGUGGCAGUAGACUGCCCGGUCCCCUUCAGUCGCUAUGACACCCAGAACUUCACUCUAGUCUGCAUCGUCAUGGGAGGAAAGCCAGCCCCUAUGGUGUACUUCAAGCGUGACGGCGAGCUGAUCGAGGUGGUCCCCUCUAUUAUGGAGGGUGGCGGGGGAAAAUCCCAGGGCAGGGGCCAGGCAGGGCUACGGAUCUCUAGGCCCCUGAUCAGUAGAGACCUGGAUGACACCAAGCUGAAGAAGUCCCUCUCCCUGCUUGACCAGGGGAAGCCACCCCGUCUGGACCGUGACACCCCUGGGAACGGAGGGAUGGGGAAGAUGGUAGGGGCCGGGGGGGAGCCAGGAAGUCUGGAGGGGUCUGAGCCCAGCCCCACCACCACGGAGGUGAUCCCAGAGACAGUGGUAAGCCGGGAGUUCCCUCGCUGGAUGCAGAGCACUGACCCGCUCUACUACUUCCAGCACCGGCGGCAGGCGUCCAGAGACGGCACCAUGGAGGUCAGAGCCAUGCUCACCUGGAGCCUCAACCCCCAGCUGGACAACGACGCCCUGUACAGCUGCGAGGUCAAGCACCCAGCGCUGUCCAUGCCCAUGCAGGCUGAGGUCACUCUGUCUGCUCCCAGGGGCCCCAAACUGUCCAUGACGCCUGGUAAGGCUAAAGUAGGAGACACUGUCCGCAUUACAGUUCAGGGCCUCCAGAUCUCAUCCACUGGGAACAUGGUGUUCCCCGAGCCAUUGUUCACCUGGACCAGAGUGGGAGGUCCUCUCCUGGAUGGGAGAGAGGAUCAUAAUGGGAGGGAGCUGGUGCUGGAGCGAGUACCGGCCAAGCUCAACGGCUCCAUGUUUCGAUGCACUGCCCAGAACCCUCUGGGCUCCACAGACACAUACACACGGCUUAUCGUGUUUGAGAACCCCAGACUUAAGAAGGGGAGACACCAUUUUGUUGAUGCAGCCUAUUGCAAUGAGGGACUGGGGCUGACCACCAUGGUGCUAAUGUUAGCCCUGACAUGGGAGAUGACGUGA